AACGAACUUUUAUUAACAAAAAAUUCAAAUGACAUGCAAAAAAUACCACAGUAUACAGUACUAGCUUAUUUUUGUUUUCUAUUAUCAGAGAUGCUCAAUCUUUACGUCAAUUCGGCUCUUUCUUCCUUAUAAAGGAAGAAAAAGAAUCUGUAUAAAGUAUAAGCCAAAUCGUCCCAAACAUAAAUGCCAAUGUAGAAUUAUUCCAUCACCCUUAGUGGAUAUCGCAAAUUAACCUUUUGCACUCGGCAUAUUUCUCAUUUCUCUAUUUGUUUCUUUUUUCCUACAAUGUUGAGGCGAAACUUCAGGGAAAUAUAUAUUUCUACAAAAUUUGGAGCUUGUGUAAUUUUGUGCUAUAUAAUCACCGAUAAUCUCUUUGUGUCCCGUUAGGGGAGAUAUCCGAGUUGUUUGUUGAAUUUACAGCGUAUCCUUAGAGGAGACAGUCGAGUAUGAAGAGUUAAAAUUCGUGUCGGACGGUGUAAUUAAUUAAAAGUCAAGCUUUGUUGGCAAAGUGACAUUCGAACAAUUUUCCUUCGACUUUAGAAUACAAAUACAACUGUCCUUUCUUAAACGAAAUAUGUGGAGUAUGGGUAAAUUGAAACACGAUGACAGCCUAUUAUGGGAACAUAUUACAUACAUCAAUCGAAAAUCCUAUUCUUGGUUUUAGCGACCCUCCUAUCAGCAUCUGGGCUUUUUAUUUGAUUGAUAUACAGGUACAAUAAAAAAGGAAUUAAAAUAUUUUGUGGAAAUUACCAUUAAUACGAAUCAUUAUUUGUUGAUCGAAGUUACGAUUUGUUUUAACAUUUUGGUGGUGCAAAAAAGAUUUCCCUCGCAUGAAAGAUAUGUCACGAGAGGAAAACGAAGAAUUAGGAAUUCAUACAAGCGAUGUACUGCGUAAAAAGCACUUUCGUUUAUUGUUAAGUAAAUGGGUGUGUAUUACAAGCAUCUUGCAAAGACCGCAGAAAUCGGUGCAAUGACUCCGAUCAUUACAAAUAUUCAUAAAGAUUGUUUUAUGAAUUUUGUAGAUGAUUUCGUAAAUUAUGGGAUCUACAACUAUAGGUCAACAAAGUCAUUAAUGACUAUUCUAUCCGAUGUUAAAAAUUUGAUGUCACGGCAUAAUGUAAUGUUUAAAUUUAAACGCGUUGAUUAAAAAUUCGAUUGUCUGCAAUGCUGUUAGAAGUGAAAGAUGUUGUUGCAGUGUUUAAAGUCGUUAUCAACUCUUGUCCCUUUUAUCUGUUAUAUGUUUGAAAGUAUGACGCGAUAGUGGGAAAAUGAAAUCGAUUGUUGAAUGUAUUUUUAUCAGACGGCUUUUUUUCUUUUAGAAAAUUAAUUCAAGCUUUUUGUAUAUGUAAAAGCUAAACAUAUGUAUAUAAUGGACAUGUACUAAAAAUAUAUUACAAAAAAUAAAUGUUAUAUAUGAUUUUGAAAGCGACUGAUCACAUGACGCCACGAAAAGAGUUAUCAUCUAAAAGUAACAAAAAAAAACUCCUUUACCGUUUCAAAGUUAAUGCAACAGCACGUUUCCAAAGAAGGAGCAAGGUCGCUGAUCGUCGUUAUUUGCCAUAGCUAGAAUUUUAUAUACUCAUCUCUUAUAUAGUAAACAUACAGAAUACAUGACGACCUUGUUAUCAGCAUCAGCCACUUUUUGAACGAUACACUUCGACUUUCCGUAUACUGAUUAUUUCACGCUUGAUCACUUCAUAUUUGUUCGCUGACCAUAAUACACGAGUACUGCUAGCAAUUCAACACUCGAUUAUUUGAUUUUUCCUCUGGUUUUGCCGAAUUCUUCAGAAAUAUGAAGAUCGCCGUGAUCGGUGCUGGAUCAGCUGGUCUUGCUGCUUUACGGCAUUGCACUUCCGGUACAUACGACACUGAGGUAAUAUGCUACGAAAAAACUGAUCAAGUAGGCGGUACAUGGGUUUACAGGGAAGAAACUGGUUUAGAUCUAUACGGUCUACCAAUACACACUAGUAUGUACAAAAAUUUAAGAACGAAUCUUCCGAAGGAAGUUAUGGGGUAUCCUGAUUAUCCUGUUCCCGAUACUCCCGACAGUUAUUUGACUCGCACGCAAAUACUUGAAUUUUUAAAUUCUUACUGCAAUCAUUUUAAUCUUCGCCAGUAUAUCCGGUUUUUUCAUAACGUGGAAUUAGUGGAGCCAUCGACAGGGGACCGGAAGUGGACGAUUAAAGUAAAAAAUCUAGAAAAAGAUACUGUCUUAACAGAAUCAUUUGAUGCAGUUAUGGUGUGUAAUGGUCAUUACUUCGAACCCAGUACGCCAAAUUUAAAAGGUCAGCAGACUUUCCAAGGGCAGCAAUUGCAUAGUCAUGAUUAUAGGAUGCCGGAUAUUUUUACCGAUAAGACUGUACUUGUACUUGGCGCCGGGCCUUCCGGAAUGGAUUUGGCUUUGGAAAUAUCAAGGAAAGCAAAGCGUGUAAUUUUAAGUCACCACCUGAAGGAUCCUAUAGGCACUGUAUUUCCUGAAAAUGUUGUUCAGAAACCAGAUGUAAAAGAAGUGACUGAACACGAUGUUUUUUUCGAAGAUGACAGUAAAGAAACCGUGGAUGUGCUUUUUUAUUGUACAGGGUAUAAAUAUAGUUUCCCCUUUUUGAGUGAAAAAUGUGGAGUACGGGUAGAUUCCAAUAUGGUAACACCAUUAUGGAAACAUUUAGUAUCGAUCGAAAAUCCCACCCUGGCCUUGGUUGGUCUUCCCUUCUAUGUUUGCGCUUUCAGCAUGUUCGAUCUGCAGGUCCGUUUUAUCUUGCAAUAUUGGUUUGGCAAGAAAGACUUUCCUUCUAAAGCGAAUAUGUUACAAGAAGAAGCGGAAGAAUUUGAAAACCGCAGAAAAGAGGGCUUGGAAAAAAGACACUUCCACAUGAUGGGAUUCAAGCAAGGCCAUUACUAUGACGAUUUAGCAAAUACUGCGGGAAUAACACCAUUGCCACCGGUUCUUACAAAAUUGCACAACGAAAGCAGUACGCGCUUCUUAGAUGACCUGGUGCAUUAUCGAGAAAGUAGAUAUAGGAUCAUCGAUGACUAUAAUUUUAUUCAGCUUUGAAAUGAUAUAUUUUGUUCGCAAUAAAGAAUAAACAUUCUCCGAUCUUAUACAAUUAGUAUAAAGAUAUUUUGUGCUGAAUAGAUCCAAUUAUAGAGAUUAUAUAAAACAGACUGAAAGCAUGUAGCUUUCUUAUCCUAUUUUAUAAUAUUAACGAUGACAUGAUAGAUGAAUUGUACACCUUUUUGUUACGUAAUAAUAUAAUAGUAGGUCAGAAAAGA